AUGUCGUCGAAGCCGGGAAAAGAUGUCAGUGUACAAGUUUCCGACGUCAGCCACAACGACGAAGGGAUAUGCGAAACAACGCCUCUUCUAACUUCCUUCACGAACCCACCAUUACGAUCGGGGCCGAGCAAGACCACCGAAGGGGACGAAGAAAAUCAACAGGCUAUCGAGGAGGGCGGCAAAGACAAUGAAGGCAGAUCUGUUGCCGGAAUCAUUUCUGUUCUACUAAUCGGCGUUUUCAUCUCCCAGGCCGACAGUAGUCUUAUGCUGGCCACAUAUGGACGCAUCUCGUCAGAGUUCAACGAUCUGGAAUCUGGGAGCUGGCUGAUGAUCAGUUACAUGCUGGCCCAGUGCGUCGCACAACCGUUCUAUGGAAAGCUGAGCGAUAUCUUUGGGCGGAAGCUUUGCCUACAAGCGUCGUAUACCAUGUUCACCAUUGGUACGUUCGGCAUCGCCCUGGGCCGGUCCCUCUUCCAGGUGUCGGCUGCUCGCGCGAUGCAGGGUUGUGGCGGUGCAGGCAUGGUGUGUAUGGUCUCAAUCAUCCUGACCGAUCUUUUACCCGUGCACGAAGUGGCAGUAUAUCGCUCCUACGUCAACAUCAUGCAAACCGCAGGGCGGAGCUGCGGGGGAGCUGUCGGUGGCUUGCUUGCACAGACAAUCGGCUGGAGAUGGGCAUUUGCAGGCCAAUGUCCAAUCAUACUGUUUGCUCUUUGGCUGGUCGUGAGGCGGCUUCCAGCUUCCACUCAGGAAGUGUCUCACGAGCAAAGUAUGACGGCCAAAUUGAGACGGAUUGAUGUUCUGGGAGCGAUUUUCAUGAGCCUGGCCAUCUCCUCCACCCUCCUGGUUCUCGACUUGGGCGGCCAAAAAUUCCCAUGGAACCACCCUGUCAUCAUCGCUCUUGGGGUGCUUGCGGUUACAAGUGGCGUUUUGUUUAUUCUCGUCGAGAAAUUCUGGGCAAAUGAACCUCUCUUUCCACUUCAUAUUAUGACACACUAUACCGUGGUCAACUGCUACGCCAUCAUCGCACUCCAGAACUUGACGCAAUCAGCGCUUAUGGUUACAGUACCGUUGUAUUGGCAAGUCGUCAAGAAAGCCAGUAUGGCAGAAGCCGGGCUGUAUCUUAUCCCAGCCAUUGUUGGCAAUACUCUUGGUGGGCUUCAGACGGGCCGACUCAUCAAGAAAUAUGGUCGUUACAAGUUUCAUUUGAUUCUGGCAUCAUUACAGUCGAUUGUGUGCUUUGCCUCCUUGAUCGGCUCCUGGGACGGACACAGCAACUUCUGGUCAAGCCUCCUCAUCUUUUCAGGCGGCUUUGGGACGGGUAUUGCUCACUCGGCCGUGUUUGUGGCGCUUGCGAAUGGUGUAGCCGCUGAGGACACAGCAAUUGCAAGUUCAGGCUUCUAUCUAAGCGGAAACAUUGGCUUGGUCAGCGGCAUCAGCGCAGGAAGUGCUAUCCACCAAAUCACUUUACGCCGUGGACUGUACCGUGUCCUCGAAGGAUGUGAUGACGCGAAAGAGAUUAUCAAGAAGACUUUACAAGACAUCGACUUCGUCCAAAAUGCCAGUGACAAACUUAGACAGAUACUAAUACCUGCUUACGUUGAGAGCUUCCGCGCAGUCUUCUUUCUAGGUUUGGCGUGCGCCGGAGUUGCUCUUGUCUUUGGAGUGUUUGCCCGUGAAAGACGACUCGAGGGAACUAGGAAGUGA